CAGGCGUUUACAAUAGGCACACAUAAACAACACGUCACUCUACUCAAUUAUCGAGGAGAAGUGCGCCAUUUUGGCUCAAACUAAGUGACGAACAUUUUAUUUCUAAGUAUUUUACAAUGUAGCUAUAAAGAAUAAUGCUAAAAAUCUUCGAGAUAGCACUUUAGUUUCCACGACCUAACAUUUAUUGUAAAUGUGACUUUUUUUUCUUGUUUUUAUACCGCGUAAGUAGUUACCAAUUGCAGUUGUUAACUGCAAUGUUUAAAAUCCCCAGCUGAGCUGUUUAUUGAUAGCAAAAGCUAUCCUAACGCUAACUUAACGUUCGUUAAAUAUAGCUCGGCUGGCUGCCUAAACUGCUGCAAUGGGCGGCUGCUCCGCUCCAAACUGUUCUAAUUCAACCAGUAUCGGCAAACAGCUGUUUAGAUUCCCCAAAGACCCUGUCCGUAAAAAGAAAUGGUUGGUGAACUGUCGACGUGACUUUGAACCAACUCCACACUCAAGACUCUGUCAGGAUCACUUUGAGCAGAGCCAGUUUGAGGAGAUAGCCAGGUCUCCAGCUGGGGGGAAGAAGCUGAAGCCCAAUGCCAUCCCUACUCUGUUCAGUGUUGGAGACCCUCCUUAUCCUGCAGUCACCACCCCAUUCUUUCUGCUGCCUCUGAAACCUGAACCAGGGGAGAAGGAGCUGAAUUUUGGGGACCAUGGCUACGCCAGACGCACCCCUCUCCCUGGCAUGGAGGAGGAAGAUGCAGACAGGACAGCUGAGGACCAGCGGCCAUGCACGCAUUGUCAGCUCCUCAAAAAACAGUUGGAGCAGGAGAUGCAGCAUAGUGCAAGGCUUCAGAAAGAGGCAGAGGAGAUGAAGAAACGUCUCUAUCGCCUUGACCGCAUUGAGAAGGGCCUCCAUAACUUCCUGUACGAGGACCAGAUCCGGGCCCUGUCCCUCACCAAGCACUCCCGACGUGCUGUGUGGUCUACAGAGACCAUCUUGAGGGCCCGCAAGAUCCGUUGUGUGGUUGGCACUAAGGGCUAUGAAUACCUAAGAGAGCUGGGAUACCCAUUGCCCUCUUACAGGACCCUAUGUAAUCGCCUGGAGACUAAGAUCAUGGUGACGACUGACAUGAGCUGUGAGGAGCUGGCAGAACUAGGCCUGGGACUCAUGGCCACAUGUGACAGUCCCACUGAAGGUGUUGGAGACAAUGAUGAGGAGGAACUGAUAGGUGUUUUGUCCUGAUUUUGGCUGUCUGUGUGCUCUGUUGACUCUAAGAAAUGUACAGAAUCUUCUGUGUUAAACAUCUGCAGGUUUGGUAUCAAGUGAAAGAAGAGGGCCAUGUUAUGCUUCUGUUGACAGGGUCUGUAAGUUCAUGGAUUUGAAAUGUCCUUGUGCUUGUGAUCUAUACCACUAAGAUGUGGCUUCGCUUUAUGACAUGCUGGGGCUUGCAAUUAGUGUGGGUUUGUGCUUGUGGUGUUUCUUCCUAUGAAGAUGCUGAGCUCCAGUAUGACUUUGAACAGAGUCUGCUGAAUUUGCUGGUUCUGUUCAAGUGUCCCACAGCUGAAUUAAUGGCUCCUUCACUGAUUGUGUUUAUAUGCACUGUAAAGCCCUAGUUUUAUUUUGUGUAUUCAAAUGUACUGAGAGAACAGAAGCUCAUAUUUUGGGUAAAGUAGCUUGAGUAUUCUGAUAUUAUGAGGACUCUUCUGGCAUGUAAACAUGUUACAGUACAGUAUAUUGUUCUUUGUAUAUUAUGCAAGCUUUAUUUUUUGGUCAAAUUUACCAAAAUAUGUAUCAGUUGAUGGUGGGUGUAAAGGAGUAGCAUACAUGCUGGGAUAAAAGUAAGUGUCUGGCAUUAUGUUUGCUUUUAAAACCUAAGUGGGUUUUGGUCUCGCACUAUACUGUCAACAAAGUAAGGGUUGAUUUCCUUAAUUAAUUCCUUUUUGAUUGCAAAACUGAAAUCUUUGUUUUUCCUAAUCCCCCAGCCACAGAUUAUAGGAUGUGUUAGGGGCCACACUUUUAGAGCUGUGUUCAGUCAGUGAAAUAGAAGUAAAUGCUGUACUUUUGGUAACUCGACACCAGAUAGAUUUAUAAUUUCAUUUGACUUUGCUGUUUCUUGAAGCAUUCACAUUUGCAGUGCAGCUCUAGUUAAUCGUGAAGUGCAUCAAAUAAGCUUAGGCUAAUCAAGUAAGUCACAUGAUUAUAGAGGUAUUGUAGCAGCAGUAUUAUCUGCAAAUGUGUGUGGAGAGUCUUUGUGCAAUCUGUAAAUAUGUAGUCUAAGUUGUAAAUGUGUACUGAGAUUUGUGUGUGCACAAAUCUGUAGAAACAAAUGGGAUGUGUAUAUAUAAAACAGUCUAGAUAUAAUCAGGAAAUGUGUGCGCAGUAUUAAAAAAAACAAAUUUCCAUAACAAAAUGGUUUCCUCAGUCUAAAGUCAGUAUUUAUUGUGCCCCCCCUUGCACUUAGCACAGCUUGAAUUCCUCUAGGAAACUGUCUUGACACUAUGACAGACCCUCCACCAUGUUUCACUGAAGGCUGCUACCACCUCUCCCCAACUCUUCUUCACACAUACUGUUGACGACUGGGAUCAAGUAUUUCAAACCUCCAUUCAUCACUCAAUGAGGCUCUUUUCCACUAAUCUUCACUCCAGUCUUUGCAAGCUUUUGCGUAUCUCAGCCUUUUCUCCCUGUCCCCCUUCUGAAAAAUUGGUUUCUUGGUUGCUGUCCUUCCACAAAGGCUGUUCCUGAUCAAGUGUCUUUGGACUGGAUCAACCUGGCAUCAAGAUGAAGCUGUCAGAUGCUGAGCCAAGUCCUUGCUGGAUUUCCUCCGGUCUCUCAGAGAAGACACUCUCAGAAACUUCUCAUCAGACGUUGACAGUUUUCUUGGUCUUCCAUUCCUGUUUUUGUCCUCAACCCAUCCAGAGGCUUUGGAUUUAUUUAGAAUAGCUU